AAAAUGCCAAAUUAGUUGAUGAGAUAUUUAUUAAAUUUUUAUUUCGUGUCAAGUUUUUCCUCUAUAAAGGCACAAAUAUUUUACCCCUAAAACAUAAUUCAAAAUUAAUUAAAUACAGAAUUUGGGAAGUUACUACCCUACCCCUCCGUCAAAAUGCCCCUUCACAGAGCCGCUGCCGCCACCUUCCUCGGCGGUGCCGGACAACAGCCACCGGCCACCAGGCCCACCACCGACCGUCAACAAUACAAUCGAAUCACUAAAGUAAUCUGCACAUGUGUUCGUGACAUCAUGCUUGCGUUAAUCAUCGCUCUCAUCUGCAUCGCUUUCAUUUCGAUCAUAGCUUCACUCAUCAUUCGCCCUCGGUCGCCGAGAUUCACCGUCAUCUCCGCCGCCAUCGCCGGCGUCAACGUUACCGGAUCGGAGUUCAAGGCGGCGUGCAAUCUGUCAGUACUAGCACACAAUCCGAACACUAAUCUCGUGAUCUGGUACAGGAAGCUUGAGGUGUUGCUACUGUACGGCUCCGAUUAUGAGUUAUCGGGGACUACGAUAGCGCCGAUGUUUCAGAGCAAGCGAAAUCAGACUGUGAUUAGUGCUCGGUUAGUGAGUGAUGACGUGGAUGUUGACAACGACGUUGUGGAAGGUGUGGCCAGUGAGUUGAGGCGAGGAGUGAUCACUUUUAGGGUCAGGGUUUUGGCGGGGGUUAGGUUUAAGAGAGGGAAAUGGGUGACGAAGAAGUACAAGGUCAAGGCGGACUGCGAUGGCAUUGAUAUCGGGGUUUUAAAUGCUACUGGGACGGGGAAUUUGAUAGAACCUGGCAUACAAUGUGAGGGUUCUGCAAGACAGGAUCAUGAUUCAUGGACUGCAGCACUUAAAUUAACCGUGACAAGCAUGGUUGGCGUAUUACUAAGAGAAGGUGAUUUUGUUUCCUUCUUAAUAUUCGAUUUAAAUGCAGAACUAGAUUUUCUUACAUUUAACUAGAUUUUCUUACAUUUAUAGUCGAAUACACUAAUUGAGUGGUUGAUAUCGUUUUAAUAUCUUGUUUUGAAUAUAGUGAAGUACCUGUUCUUUUAAUCAUUUGUCUCUGAAGAGGUAUCUAUAUUUAUUGUUGUUGUGUUUUUAUUCUUUCCUACUAGCUAAUAGAAUGGAGGAUUAGCAAGCUUUCUGCUUUUAGAGUUCUGACCUUCUUGCUUUAGUUUAUUGUUACAUUGGAACAAUAGUCAAACAAUGAUUGAUGUGCUAAACGUUCGAGAAUGAUGCUUGAACUUGCAAAUCUCGUUUGAUAGUUUUAGAAUUAAUUCUGCGAAAACAGAAUCUCCAAUAUAUAUUUUGGUAAAUAUAGAAAAACUGACCUUUUCAGUAUGUGGAUCCUAAUAUUUGUAAGUAUAGCCUUGAUGAAUGAAGUUAAACCUCCAGAAUUUCCCUACAUUGGUGCUUUAUACAGUGUGUUCUUUACUCUAGCAUAAUAUUUCUUUAUAUGUACUGUGUGCUUCCAAAGAGAUAAUGCAACUAUGAAUUGUUUCAAGGGAUAUAUUAAUGUCAUAAAUAUAUAAUUAUUGAGCAAUGCUAAGUAACAGCACUAGCUGCUCCAUGGUGAAUCAUCUAUAACUGUAUUUUUCGCUUUGCUGCUUCACUAAGAAUGUGAAAUUGCUUCACUAAGAAUGUGAAAUUGGUAUACAUAUAUGAAUUCUAUUAUAAUAUCCAGAAAAGGGAAUAUUUGGUUCAAAUCCCUCUUGCUAGAUUUUACUUAUGAAUGAUGCUCAGUCUAUCUAUGUUGGUGGGAAUAAUGUUCGUUUGCUUCCACAAGCUGGUGUCCCAGCCUCCUAUGCUCUUAAAUUUUGUGAAUAUGCUGCUUUCUGAAAACUGAUCAUGUGAUUGGAAUUCCUCAAGGCCUGUGUAAGUUACAGAUAAAAGAAAUGAUGGUAUGACAGUAUGAAACAAGUUAUUGAUAUGUUGAAUUGCUUGAGAUGGGCUUUAACAGAAUUCUUGCUUAAUUUUACUCCAGUUGCUGCCUAGUUGGUCAUCGAUUUCAGCAUUGGCUAUGGAAAAGAGAAGUGCCGCUGUAAUAUCUACCAUCGAUUCCGCACUUUUUUAUGGAGCCUGGAUCAUAUCUCUAACAAGUUGGGGUCUCUACGUAAACAGUCUCACACUCUCUCUACUACUAAAUAAGGGUAUCUAAAAAAAGCCUGCUUAAUGCGUGAUAUUGGAAUCAUCAAUUUUAAGCCUGGUUUUGGGAUUGUUUAUCGAUUUUUGUGGGACAAAAAUGAACAAUUUGAUGUUUUCGGUUCGAUGAUUGAAUGAUUUAUCAUAACUUUGAGCAAUUAUAAUCAUCAGCGGUAAGUCCCAUGUGAAGAAAACCAUGGGCUCAGGUAUUGUGUCCCCCACUUUAUAAAUUGUGUGAAAUUUUAUGCUUGUUUAAAAUUGAUAUUCAUUACUAUAUAUAUGUAUUUGAUGUAUCAGUUUGUGUGUGUGUGUGUGUGUAUGGCACUCACUAUUAUGUCAUGCACUAAGCCGAGGUCUUCACAGAAACAGCCUCCCUAUUCUUUGAGGGUAGGGGCCUUUACAUUUUAGCCUCCCCCGAUCUAAGUGGGAUGUACCAGGUAUGUUUGGUUUGGUUUGCAUAUUUGUUUCUUUGUUUGCACCAAUUUUAAGGAGGAACUUUGUUUUACUGAUUCCAUUUUGAUAUAAAUUCAACAUGUUAAAUAUAAAGAAAUUAUGUUAUGUUUGGAAUAUGAUUAAUAUUUUCAUGUCUAUAUUAAACACCUCUCAAAGUGGCGCCACUUUCAGUUUACUAACUGGCCCAAAGAGAAAGUUGACAGAGCUUAGGAAACAACUUUCCCUUUCACAUUCCCUCUACUAAGAGUCUAAGAUGUACAGUAUAUUGAGUGUACCUGUAAAGAUUCAAAUAUUGAAGAUGAUGUUGUAGGGUAUGUGAGAAAGCUUGGCAGAGGAUAGUAUCAAGUGCAAUUCGGGACUUAAAAAGAUGAAGGAAUGUGCUCAAAAAGUUUGUUGAGACAACUUAGGAAAAGAUAACCUCCUUUUUACCACUCCCAUCUCUACUGGAAUAUCUCAACCAGGGCCACCACCCAUAUCACAUCUCCAUUCUAUUGCAUCAAGAGGUAAGGUAUCCUUUAGGCUUUGGCCUUUACGUUCAGUGGAGUACCCAAUUUCUCAUCCUAUCCUUCUACCUUCCUUUUCACUUUCAACAGUCAACUUCUCCAAGUCUAAUUAUUUGUCUUUGGCCCGAGUACAGCUACUAUCCUCAGUUUGCUUAGUUAUACUUGUUGCCUAACACAAUAUCAUAUAACCCUUAGACAAGGCCAUUACCACGUACUUUUCAUCCUGCACUUCAUUUAGGCGUCUUUUUUAGAAAAGCUUAAAUUAGUAGAAUGUAGUGAGCAGUUAUUUAGAAGUGUGAUUUUACAGGCCCGGUAUGGUAAUUAAUGGGUACGUACUUACUCUGGUUAUGUUUUUGUUAGUUAAGUCCGGUACUGUUAUGCUCAAGGAUGUUGUUAUAGUAUCAAAUCCUUCAUCCUCCCCUCCAUGGCCAAAGGUCAUCUUUACGAAACCUCAUUCCCCCUCUACUGGCAAAAUUAAUAAAUUUAAUGCAUCGAAAAUUAUGUAAUAUACCACAAAAGUAUCCCUUGUUCUAAACUGAUACUUAAUAGUAUCAUAGGUAAUAUUUCAUUCCUGUUUAAAUUGUAAAAUAAUAAAUGUAGUAGUAUUUGUUAUAGAGGUAAAGCGUUGGGUCUCAUUGUCCUCCACGUACAUACAAUUAUACAAAACACACAUGUUAUAUUUAUGAAGAAGCAGUAUGGAACGUUCAUAAUGUAAAAGAGACAGAAAGCUAAUAUCACAUGUUAAGGCUUAAAAGGAAGGGGGCCUGGGCAGUAGUUUCUCUAUUAUGAAUAUACCAGUGCAAAUAAGCAUGAUCUGGACGGCUUGAACAAUGUACUGAUAAGAUCCUGUACAAAGAAUCAACGAUUAGAGAGAUAAUGAGAGUGUGAGGUAGAACAUCAAUUGUCAUCUAACUAAUUAAUCGGAGACUUACACGAAGAAAGUGACAAGAAGUUCUAUCACUUGUGUCCCCCACCAUUUCUUUUCUAUUCUUUUAUUGACAAAUCUUCAUUGUCAUUGAUGUAGUUUAGACACUGGUUUUGUGGAUGUCACAUCUCUUCUUACAUAAACGCAUUUCAUUUUACUUUUUCCUUGCUUUUGUGCUAUUUUGUGCUAGAGUUCCUAAUGUUCGAUUUUGGUCAGGUAUUCAGUGAUUAUAAAGUACUCAUUAUCUAGAUUAUUUAGUGAAAUCAUGGAACCGGAGAAUUUGGACUCACUAAUUAGCUUAGUCUUUGAGGCACUUGUCUACCGACUGCCCUUACUACCUGCAGGUCCGGUAUAAGAAGUUCUUUCUAUAGUAUCCCUCUUUUAUGGUUCAUUACACUUUGUCAGUGGUGCAUAAUACAUACUACUGCGCUAGCAUAGGGGAGGCCGGAAGGGAUUCCAAAUCCAAGGACCCCACGAAAAAGUCGAUCGGUUGGCCAAACUCGAACGUUGAUUUCAUAUUCCACCAGUAGGCCCGAUCCCAAUUUGCAACCAACGUCUUUAAUAAUAUUGGCUGUACUCUUGAUUUCUUAUCCCAGAUUAUCUGGUCACAUAUUAAUAAUCUCAUUAAAUAUCAGCUUCUUCUUUUUAUGUGGAUAUAUCAUAUAUAUUAGCAAUAUCUGCAUUUUUACUCAGUCACAGAACUUUUCUGUUCAUUUCUUUAGCGUUUACCUGUGAGUAAUUGAAGUCGAUUCAUAUAAUCUGCGGGAAUCUAGGCCCUUUGAGUUGAAAUGAAAAGAUGUUAUCACCUUUUAAAUUAGUUCCGCUUUUUUUUCUUGUUUGGAUAAGAGAAUGGGUGGUUUAAAUUUAUCAAGAUUAUAUAUUUAAUUAAUAGGGAGAUAUUGUGUCUUAGUUAAGGUGACUGGCAGAACUAAUCUUCCAGUCUAACAUCUCUAAAAAAAGGUUUUAUAACAAGCAAAAUGCCCACUCCUAGUAGGUAAUACGCAUGCAAGAUGCAACUCUCACAAUUUAUGUAUGUCUUUUCCUUUUGUUAUAUAUAAUAAAGCUAGACGCAUUAUACACUUCACACUUCUUUCUCAUAUUUCACCUAUCUUUCCAUGCCAAACCAUAUAGCCUAAUCACCACCACCUUCACCAAAUGUCGAUGAAAGAGUGCGGCGACCACAAGCAGAAACGGCAGAAUCGCAUCCGCCGUCUAUGCGCCUGUCUCCUAGUCUUCUGUUUCCUCGUCCUUCUCGUGUUUCUGAUCACUUGGGCUAUCCUACAACCCAAAAAACCCAGUUUCGUCGUCCGAGACGCCACAAUCUACGACUUCAAAGUCGCCUCCUCUCCCGACCUCUUCACUUCCAACUUCCAGAUCACUGUCUCGUCUCGAAAUCCCAACGACCACAUAGGCAUAUACUAUGACAAACUCGACGUCUAUGCCUCUUAUCGCGGCCAACAACUCACUUACUACACUGUUAUACCGCCUACCUAUCAAGGCCACAAGAGUAUGAAUGUUUGGUCACCUUUUAUAUCAGGUACUAGCGUUCCGAUAGCUCCUUUUAUCGGUGAAGCACUGAACUUAGACCAGUCUAAUGGAGGCAUCCAAAUGAUGAUCAAAAUCAAUGGACGGGUGAGAUGGAAAGUUGGCGCCUUUGUUUCUGGGCGCUAUCAUCUCCAUGUUACUUGUCCCGUUUAUAUUCCUUAUGGUAGUAAAAAUGACAAUUUUGAUGGUGAAACAUCGAUCAAGGUCCCGCUUCUAGCGAGCUGCGCAGUGAGUGUGUGAUUCGCUCAAAUCCGCCUCAUAUAUAUUCAAGGUAUAAAUAUUUUUAGCUUUUAAUUUCUUAUAUACCGGCUUCACCAAUUUGUAAAAUAUAAUAAGGAAUCAUAAUCUCUACAUAUUACGCUGAAAGGCAAAAAGACGUUUACCGAAACUAGGAUGUUUCUUCUUGUAAAAAUUACUUUAAACAGAAAAUUCUCGUUCCAUAAUUUCUUCUCUUUAUGAGGCCAGUUUGGUGGAUAUUAGCAUAGCCGUUAAAAUCAUAUUAGCAUAUGGGAAUUGAGCCGAUAAGGUGCAUGGUGUAGUGGCUUGUGUAAAUAGUAUGUCACGCAAAUAAUUGUCACAAUCUUGUUGUGAUGCCUUCAAAAUUGAUGUCACAAUCUUGUUACGGUACCGGCUCACUGUGCCAUUUGUUAUAUAGCCUUGUCGGUUUAAGAUUUUCGAAUUAUGCAUUUUAAAAUUAAUUUCAGUUUUUAUUCUUAAGCAAUUUUGUAUAGUUAAAGAUAUUCAAAAGUAAUUAUUUAUAUAAUUUUGAUAAUUUUAUAGUACUAGGCUACUAGCUAGCCUUCUCAUGAUAUUUUACCUAAUGUGUUGAAUUAAAAUUUGAAUUAGAAAAAAAUAGAUUCUGUAAGAUGUUCACUUUCUUUUGUGAAGAGACGUUCACUUUAAUAGGUAAAUAUAAAAUGUAACCUAAGUUCAAAAGGAAAAAUCUGACAAUAAUAAAAAGUAAUAUACUCCUUAUGUUUUUCUAUACAAGCCUUUUAAAUUUUUUUACACACUUCUAAAUACGUUGACUACAUUAAAUUUUAUUAUUAAUUUUUUUAUGAAUAAAAUAUAUAUUAUUAAAUAUUAAAAUUUGUAGAAACAAUAUUAUAAGACAGAGUUAAGUUCUAUGGAGUACAUAAAAACAUUGGAGUAUUGGAGUACAAAUCAUAAUUUUUUAUUUUGAUCCUAUAUAAUAUCUUUGAUUAUCCAAAUUUUGAUAUAAUCUAUCAUUUAUAAGUUGUCUUGCACAUAAUUGUCAAUUAAUCAUUGAUAUCUUUCAACUUUAACAAGUAUUAAGAUUAUUGUUCUGCUUAUUAGUUAUAUUGCAGAACAUAGAGUUCUAUAAUUUAUAAAAGUAAUUAUUCUACCAUUUGAUCACGAUGUUUAUGUUGCAAAACAUAAUGUGCGGGUUGUCAAAUAUUUACAAAUAUUAUUGGACAAAAAAAAUUGAAAUUUAGAUGACUAGAUUACAUUUUAUCAAACUUUGUACUCCAAUAUUCCAAUUUUUUUUGUACUCCAUAGAACUUAACUCAGACAAUAUAUAUCGAGUAAAAAGUCAAACUGCUGAGGGAAAAUGAAAGCUAAGGGGGUAACAUUUUUAAAUCACACCAAACUGUAAAGGAACUAAUUUAGAAAACUGAGUUCGCAUUUAAAAAUAUACAUUUGAACGGAUGAUUCACGUGUAUUUUAAGAUUUUUACAAAAUAUAAUUUUAUAAAUUACUUUUUACAAAGAAUCUUUUAGAUAAAAUUUUGAAUAUUUACUUAAAAUAAAAUUUAUAAAAAUUCUAAAAUAGUGCCAAAACCAUUAAAGAAAGAGAUUAAUGGGAUCAAGGAGCAACAUUUACCACUGUGUAAAUACGAUAACGGAUAAUUUUAAAGGUUACAGACACAUGGAUCAGACAAGCAGACAAUCUUAGAAGUUAGAGCUGUUACCUUUUGCACAAGUUUCGAUGUACAUUCUCAUUUCUAAAGUAGGGGCCGAUUCUCGUAAGUUGUCAGUGAAUGUUAUAAUAAGUCGACCAGUUCGUGCAUGUGUAUAGGUGGUAGGGUGUACACGGUUCGGGUUGGGCGGGUUGGGCGAAUUUAUCAACUCAAUCCAAUUAAAUCGGGUUUUCAAAAUUUCAACCCAACCCGAACCGCAUAAAUUUGUAAUCCAAACCAAUUUGUUGUACUUCGGUUCGGAUCAGAUUGGAUCGGUUUGGUUGGGUUACUAAAUUAUAUAACUAGAACAGAUGUCUCAAGAUUUAAAAAAUGAAAAACAGUUCAACAAAAUAUUAUAAUCGUCGGUGUCUAGGUCUUCAACAUCCAGUUUUUUACACUAAAAAAUACAUUAACAAUCUUGUCAAAGACAUAAAUUUAAAUUUAGUUCAAAAAAUAAGUAGUACAGUAACAAACAAUGAACAAAUAUAUUCAUGAAUUUAAUCUCAUAUUCUCAAUCAUGUUUGUUUGCUACUUGAAUAGAUGAAUUUAAGAACAUAAAUACAUUUACGUAACAAACAAUCAAUAUUCAUCUUUGUAUGAUCCUAAACAAACAUAAUACACAAACAUAAUAAUGAAUUUAAUCUCAUAUUCUCAUUCAUAAAUAUUAUCUCAUAUAUAUUAAAAUAGUAAAUAGAAAUUACUACACAAAUACAAUAAAACUAAAUGCACUAGACUAAUAUGUGAUGAGAUGGGUAAAACUAAUACGUUCACAUAUUUUUCAAUCGGAUUGGGUUGGAUCGGUUAAUAAAAUCCGAAACCCAUGUCCAACCCAACUAAAUCGGGUUAAUAUUUUUUCAAUCCAAUUAUUAAUCGGGUUAAAAAAUUUCGGGUUGGAUCGAAAUAUGGUCGGUUUGGAUCGGGUUGAUCGGUUUCACCAACCCGUGUACACCCCUAAUAGGUGGCAUUACAUUUUGUAGUAAAAUGCAGAGAAUGUACCUUUGCAAUAUUAUACAGGUGCCACUUUACUAGUUUGGACGAAUUAGAUGGUACAUAUUCAUAUAUUAGGAACCGUCCAUUGACUAUAUUAUUAUACUAUCUUAUUUAUUUAAUCAUCGAUUCAUCACAAUACUGAUCAUUAACGUGACUACUUUCCAGCUCCGCCCCUUGUUUUUAUCGUCCGGGGCCAUAUGUUGUUCCACUGUUUGAGAUUUUGGCUUUGCAUUCUUGAUAAGACCACUUAACUCGUUUGCCUGUCCUGCUUUACACCCAGUACGUUAGUACACAUAAUUCUUCUAGUGAAGCUUUUUUCUUUCUUUUUUUAAUUUGCAUAACAAAUAGGUUUCACAACUCGGGAAUUUGUAAUAAUGGUUUUAACUUUUAAGGUUAGAAAUUCACUAUAACAGCUAUUUCUACUUAUUGUCCGAAACAUGUGUUAGGUACAGUAUUGACUUGCUAGUCAGUUCACACUUCAUGUUUCACACCAAAGAGAUACUCAUAUUAUUAUGAACAAAAACCAAUUUUAUAUACGGAGGAUCCCCUAAAUAACGCUCCUCUAAAUAGCCGUUUUGUGCGGGGCAAUACGUAAAGGCCAUGUUAAAAAUAACAAUACUACACAAUUGUAACAUUUAAGUAUUUAACAACUCUCUCAUUAUUAGUCUAGACUUUGCUCCUCUGGCAUUAGUAUUUAUCUACUCAUCCACACCGCCCCUCCCUCACAAUUCACAAAACUCAUCUCUUCUCUUCCUCGCCAAAAUUCGCCAUGAGCACAAAACAGUGCAGCCACCACAAAGACCGCCGAAAGCGGAUCAUCCGCCGCGUCUGCUCCGUCCUCCUCGUCAUCCUCUUCAUCUGCCUCCUCACCUUCCUCAUCAUCUGGGCCGUUCUCCAGCCCAAAAAGCCCCGCUUCACCCUCCAGGACGCCACCAUCUACGCCUUCAACGUCACCGCCGUCCCCAACCUCCUCACCUCCAACUUCCAAGUCACCGUCACUUCCCGAAACCCCAACAGCAAAAUCGGAAUCUACUACGACAAGCUCGACAUCUUCGCCACCUACCGGAGCCAACAAAUCACUUACUUCACCACCAUCCUCCCCGCCUACCAGGGCCACAAAGACACCAACGUCUGGUCGCCGUUUAUUUACGGCACCAACGUCCCGGUGGCGCCGUACAACGGGGUGGCGUUGAGCCAGGACCAGGCCAGCGGGGACAUACUGUUGAUGAUCAAGAUGAAUGGACGGGUGAGAUGGAAAGUUGGAUCCUUCACUUCGGGUCGGUAUCAUAUUCAUGUGACGUGUCCAGCGUAUAUCCCGUUUGGUAAUAAUCGUAACAGCGGCAUCGCUGUCGGUAGCGCCGUUAAGUACCAGCUCUCCACCAAGUGCAAAGUCAGUGUCUAAAUCUGUGAAUCCGCUUCGACGCCGUUAAGUUCUCUCUUAUACCGUUAUACGAACUUUGAUUAAUUUUGUAUACUUGGUGAAUUGUAAAUUUUGCUAAAUAAUUUAGAGAAUAAGCAAAUUCCUAUAGCAAAAUUACACAGUCGGUUGAUUAUUAAUGUAAAAUUAUGAUUGAAAUGGACAUAAAGUUGUUGAUCCGAAGAAAA